CUUACAGUCCCAUUGAAACUCAGGAAACAGACUCCUGUACUCUCUUGGAAGUACAGGCUCAUCUUCUCGACGCUAACAUGGAUCCAGCUUAUCGAGGUUUGGGUCGCUGUGUGUGCUGUUUUUGGCUCGCAGUUGCAUUCGACAUAGUGGGGCUUGCCGUACUUCUCAUCGGGGUAUUUGUGAAUGUAUUUUUCUACGACUUGCUCAUCUACGCGGGCGCCAUCGUCAUCUUCCUCAGCCUCAUCUGGUGGGUUUUUUGGUACUCAGGGAACGUCGAAGUGCCCCCAGCAGAGCUAGAAGAUGAUGUCGGGUUACUGAAGAAGAAAAAAGGUGAAAUAAGUGGUAUCAGCGGACUGGUGAGACGUCUAUCGAGUCGUGUCUCCAGUGGCGUCAGGGACUCGUUCCGCAGAAACAGAGGACCAUCCAGCGCUCGCACGGCCAGGGUGGAGGGGUCAGCAAGCGGGCCCCCAGUAGCUGCUGCUUUGGCAACGAUGGCACAGGAGGAAGUGACCCCUCACACAAACUCAGGGGUUGGUUGUGUUGUACAGAUGCAGUAACCUAUGCUUCAGAGACUCCCCCAACAUAGUGUGACCUGCCCACAGCACUGCCCAGUCAGUAUCAUCACCCAUCAAUUCAUCCCCCAUCUGGUCUCAACAACUCAUCAGCCUCCUCCACCACUAGUGUCUGGACUCCAUGGGGAUUUAUCAUGCUGAUGCUCUAAGCAGAUAUCGGCCAUUUACAAAACCUCCCCAUAGGAUCUAAGCACCAAAGAUCUUCUGUCAAGCCGUAUCAUGUUUUAUCAUUUUUUUGAUAAUUGUUCAUGCCUGCAGAUUAAAAUGGACUGGAAAGCAAACAAAACAAACAUGAUAUUUUUUCCUCUUAAGCAAGUGUGGUUCUUAAUAAUGAUGCUAAGGACAGAUUUGUAUGUCUUUGACUUCUCUUUGCUACUGAAAUGUCCUGUUGUGCGGUAUAACUUACUUCUUGUUUGAUUUGCUGCAAAAGAGCCCUUUGCUCUCAAUGAAAAUAAUGUAUCAUGGGUUAAAAGCAAAUCCCUUUUGGAAUUUCAGGUAACUAAAUAAGAUAUGAUAUUCAUAUGAAUGUGCUGAACCAUAAACUAUUAAAUUGUUGUAGUUUUAAUUCUACAAGAAUAGAUUAAAUGAGAGUGUAUAUAUUAAAAAAAAGAAAGUAUUAAACAAUAAUUAAAAAUGCCAUCCAAAUCUUGAGCUCCCCUCGACUUUGCAAAGCCUCUUAUUGAGAUGUGAAACAAAAAUGGACAUGAGUCAUUUUAAGAAGCCAUUUUGAUUUUAAAAUGAUGUAAAUAGAUUAAAAAAAUGUUACUUGCAUGGCCUGCUUAGCAGUAAAGACUGCAGUCAAGGUAAUGCUAACAUGCAUCAGGCAGCUUAAACCUAGGCAUAGUGUUUCAUAAAGCGACCACUAAAUCAGAGCCUUAAAGAGAUUGCUUUUUUUCAUUCAUCUAAAUUUUUCAACGUUCUGAUAAAUUUAAAUUGUUAAUUCUCACAGUGGUUAAUUUCUGAGUGUGUAUUCAGUGCUGUGGAAAAGUGUUUGCUGCCUUUCCGAUUUCUGUUUUUUUUUUUUUUUUUGCAUAUUUGUGACUUAAUAUUUCAGAUCUUCAAAUUUUAAUACUAGACAAAGAUAACCCAAGUAAAAACAAAAUGCGGCACAAGUGAUGAUUUAAUUUAUUAAGAGAAAAAACCAUAGCAAACCUACCUGGCCCUUUGGGAAAAAGUAAACCCCCCUCAAGCUAAUAAAUGGUUGCUCCACCAUCUAAUACUUAAAUUUGUUUGAUGAUCUGAAAUACUUGAGUGUGACAAACAUGCACAAAUAAAUAAAUAAUAAGGAAGGCUUUUUCAAGGCACUGUAAUUCACCUCAUGCUGCAAAAUGCUAAGUCAUGAUUUCACUUACACUCUUGAAAACAGUCUGCCUUUGUUAUCAUUGUUGUGAAUUUGUACUUGAAGAUCUUGAUCCCAAGGCCCUGGAACUCAAAUAUUAUCUGGUAUAAACACAAAUUAUUCUUUAAAUGAGUACUGGAUAUUUUUUAGUUGCUCAUUGGAACAAUCUACUGGAUAUGUAAGAAGCAAUGUAAAAUGAACAGCAGCACGCUGACCAGUAAAGGAACCAGCACUGCCUGAAGUAAUGUAUGGGAGAUUUCAGACCAGUACAAGGGCUCUGUGCAUUACAAUAGAACUGCAUUAAGUUGCACUCAAGUUAACAAAUCUGCUUUGAUAGAAUUUGAUUAAUUGGCUUGUACACAUCCAUCUCAGGUCUUUUGUUUGUUUGUUUUUUAAUGCAUAUUAACUUUAUGCAAAUUCUUGAUGUGAAUGUAAACAGCCUGUAUAAUUAAUGUAGUGGAGGUUAUCAUGUGUAAAUAAAACACAG